UACUUUUUUUCGUCUUCAAAUUCUAUGGCAUUUGGUGUCAUGAUGGCUAAAAAAAUUAGAAAGAUUAAUAUAUCCCUCAGAAACAUUAACAACCAAGCCAAUCUGUUUGGACUCCAGAGAAGAGUUACUGAUAGGGUUGCUCUACCUAGAGCAAACCAAGUGACCCACUCGUUUCUUGAAGAUUCAUCUCAAGUUAUUGGAAGGGAAGAUGAUGUUUUAAAAGUAGUUGAAUUGUUGACCAACUCAGCUUGUCUACAAGCCCUCCCUGUUUUAUCAAUAGUUGGGAUGCCGGGUCUAGGAAAAACAACAUUAGCAAAAUUAGUGUGCAAACAUGAGCAAAUACAAAAAUAUUUCAGUAGAAUAAUUUGGGUGUGUGUGUCCGAUGAGUUUAAUGUUGAAAGGAUUUUACUAGAGAUGUUGGAAUCUCUUGCCCAAAACUCGUGUGCAGUUAACAAUAAAGAUACUAUACUUAGAAAAAUACUUGAAAAACUGGGAGGGGAUAAUUAUCUUCUUAUACUUGAUGAUGUAUGGAAUGAGGACACCGAAAAGUGGGAAGACCUGAGAAGUUGCUUGUUGGGGAUAACAAAAAAUAUAGAGAGUAGAAUUAUUGUGACAACUCGUAAGGAGAACGUAGCGUUGAAGAUGGGAGCACUUCCUGAAUACAUUCAUCAUCCACACAAACUUGUAGAUGAAGAGUGUUGGUCAAUUAUCAAAGGAAGAGCAUUUGGAUACACUUCCAUACCCUCUGAAUUGGAGGUUAUUGGGAAGGAUAUUGCUAAAAAAUGUGGAGGUGUGCCGUUGGUUGCAAGGGUUAUAGGAGGUACAAUGAGCAAUAAAAGGGACAGAGAUCAGUGGGUGUCAAUUAAAAACAGUAAUGUCUGGGGUUCACUUGAAAACGAUAAUGGCAUUUUAAGUAUACUAAAAUUAAGUUUUGACCGCUUACCUUCAUCAUCCUUGAAGCAGUGUUUUGCAUAUUGCUCAAUUUUCCCCAAAGAUUUUGACAUUAAAAGGGAUAAUUUAAUUCAGCUUUGGAUGGCUGAAGGGUUUCUUCAAUCCUCUGAAAUUAGUCAGAUGGAGAUGGAAACUAUUGGUAACAAGUAUUUUAAUGACUUGUUAUUUAAUUCCUUGUUUCAAGAUGUGGAAAGGGAUCUGUAUGGAAACAUUAAAACUUGCAAGAUGCAUGACCUAGUUCAUGAUCUUGCUCUGUUUGUAUCAAAAGCAGAAACCUUGGUUUUAGAGAAGACUGGUUCCAUGAAUAAUGCUUCUCAUAUUCGACGCCUGAGUGUCAUUUCUACUGGAAAAGAGGUACCAACUAUUCCAGAAGGCAUUGCUACAAAGUUGCAUUCUUUGAUUUCAAAGGUUGAUGUCUUCAAAAAUAUGUCAAAGCAACCCAGAAGCUUGCGUGUCCUGAAUUUUCAGAAUGCUAAGGUUGAGAAGUUGCCAGCUUCUAUUGGCAAAUUGAGGCAUUUACGAUACCUUGACAUCUCUAGAACUAAUAUCAGAAGACUACCAAAAUCUUUCACCCAACUCUACAAUUUGCAGACCUUAAGCAUUAUGAACUGCUGUCUUGAGAGGCUUCCCAAAGGAAUUACAAAACUAGUUAGCUUGAGGCAUCUUUAUUUUGAUAAGGAAAAGAUUAUGCCAGUUAAGAUUGGGUGCUUAACUAGUCUUCGAACAUUGCCAUUCUUUUAUGUGGGUAUGGAAAGAGGACACAGAAUAGACGAACUUGGAUGCUUGAGCCAACUUAGUGGAGAAUUAAAAAUAUACAACCUUGAGUGUGUAGAAGACAAAGCUGAAGCCAUUAGAGCAAAGUUGCAAGAGAAGACCGAACUAUAUGGGAUGGAAUUGUUAUGGAGCAACAGAAGAGAAGGCUACGGCAAUGACGAGGAAGUAUUGGAUGGCCUAAAGCCUUGCUCAAAUAUGAAAAGCUUAAUGAUCGUGAAUUAUCGAGGAGACAACCUGCCUUCAUGGAUGGUGAUGACUGUCCAUGAUUUUGGUUACACAUUUCCCCUUGAUAAUUUGGUUUUUUUGAAAUUAAUAAAAUGCAAGGAAUGCAUAAACAUUUCUAGUCUUGGGCAAUUACGGAAUCUGAGAUUUCUUGAAAUAGAUGGAAUGGAGAGGGUGAAAUGCAUAUAUAGCAGUGAUAUAGCAAGCCAUAGCUCAGGCUGGGUUGAGGGAAUCACACUAUUCCCAUCUUUGAGAAGAAUCAGCUUAGAGAAUAUGAGCAGUUUUGAGGAAUGGGUACAAGGUGUGGACCUGGGGACAGAAGGAAGAGAAGACAUGGUCUUGUUUCCUCAACUGGAGGAGUUAUUUGUCUUGAGCUGUCCUAAGUUGAAGAGUGUUCCAAUACAGAGAAGACUUGCAUCUCUUCGGGCAUUUAAUAUUUGGUACUGCGAUGGAUUAAAUAAUUUAAAGGAUGGACUCUCUGCUUCCAGAGUUCUGGAAAAACUAAGAAUGUCGUGGUGCCAUAGUCUGGUCUCUGUCCCCAAAGAUAUAAGAGAACUGCAUUCUCUUGUCUACUUAGAAAUCUCUUUUUGUCCAAAACUGAGCACCAUUCCAGAGGAGAUCUUAGGUCAUCUCACCAGUUUGAAGGAACUGAAAAUUGGUUUUUUCUCAGAAGAGCUUGAGGAAUUUCCAGGUCUAAAUUCAAUCCACCUUCUCCAUGCGUCCCUUGAAUACCUGUCCUUGUUUGGAUGGCAAAAACUGGAGUCUCUACCACCUCAACUUCAACACCUUGCUGCCCUUAAAUCAUUUACAAUAGGUUUCUUCGAUGGAAUGGAAGCUUUGCCAGAGUGGUUGGGAAACUUAACAUCCCUUCAAACCCUUCGAAUAGCUCACUGCAACAAUCUGAUGCGUCUACCUUCUAUGGAGGCCAUGGAACGUCUCUCCAAAUUACAGAGAUUAGUAAUUCACAGGAGUUCAAUAUUGGCAGAAAGGUGCACCAAGGAGAGCGGCCCCGAAUGGCACAAGAUUGCUCACAUUCCAUGCAUUGAGAUUGAGUGAUGCAGUUAAUAUUGAGCCUGCAGCUCAGAAUAAGUGCAAAAAAUUGAUGGGCACAGAGGUGUUUAUUGGGAGACAUGGGCCUGGAUAUGAUUUGAUAAGCAAGCAGGAUUUUUGCGUUAAGUUAGAAAGUGAGAAUGUAGGGUCAUUGCAAUUUCUCAUCUCUUCAAUUAGUUUUAAAAAAUUGACAUCUUGACAUGAUAUAUAGUCUUGUAACUUUCCAGGCAAUUCUGAGGCCAAUUACUCCAUCGUGGAAGUUUAUUUGAUUCUGCUACAGUUAAAGUUUCUUAUCAUAUAUGUAUUUACUCAAAUUUCCCCUGUCGGUGAAGGAGUAAAUGGAAGCAUAGAAAGACAAUAAUUUGCAGCACAAUAAAAGAGGGUGAGGAAAUAGAAUCCCAUGUGCUCUGUGGUUAAAACUAUUUUAUUAAAUAAUGUACAUAUGCUUGUUGGAAACUUGCAUAUAAAUUUUUUACAAGCACUUAUGAAGGAACAUUUUAUCAUGAGAUUGGUGGUAUUUGCAAUUACAGAGAAGUAACAGGAUCAGGAAUGAUAAGGAAGUCUCUUAACGGGCAAUACAGCGCUGGCCGACAUCAGGAGAUGGAAAAACAGUUAACUGAUUGUCAUUUUAGCUGCAUGAAUCUCAUAAUUGUAUCAAUUUGAGAUAUAAACCAAUUUAUUGAAACUGAUUGUCACUCUUAGUUGUUGCGAUUAAAAGUAUAUGUUUAGUACAUAUAAGAUGAAUAUUGAUGAAA